ACCCACAGACGGACACCAGUCUCUCGUAAAGAGCAGACGGUCUCACUUUUAUCAGAUAUCACAAACCUCAGCAUUUAUUAUUCACAUUCAUCUUAAGGUGUAGGAUUCCGGAGCGAAAGGACUCGGAUCUUCCGGUUUAUUUUUAUUGGAUAUUUAUUUUUUUAAUAAUUUAUCGCAACGCUACCAAGGAAGGGCAGGCUACAGAGAAUGUCGUUUGAAGAUUAUUUAAAUAUUUUCAGUGUCGUUUUUUUUUUUUUGCACUGCGAUUGUUUUAUGAGCAAGAUUCUGAAUGCAAUUAAAUAUCUCCGCUGAAAUUAAUUUGCGUAAAGUCCGCUGAUCAGAACUGCGCACGUCAUCAAACACCAUCACAGCCAUCAUCUUCAUCUUCAUCCGUCGGGAAACCCUGCAGAGGACACAAGCAGAUCUCAGCAGUCAUCUGUCGCUCAGGAUGGAGCAGCUCAGUCAGUGGCUCUGGAAGCAGGAAUACUGGCUUCCUCCGGGAAUCUGCUGGGAGGAUAUGGAGAAGAUGGAGGGCUCUCGGCGUCCUCUCCCGCGGGAUCUGCUCCUGGCUCUUCCUCUAGCUCUGGGAUUCAUCAUGUUUCGUUACGCUUUUGAGAGAUGUGUGGCAUUUCCUCUCAGCAGAGUUUUAGGAGUGAAAGAUCAAGUUCGGUUGAAAGUCGCCCCUGUCCCAACUUUAGAGGCAUUUUACACUAAAAACAGCAGACAGCCGACACAGAGUGAGAUCUCCAGCCUGGUUUACCAGUGCAACCUGACUCACAGACAAGUGCAGAGCUGGUUUCGUCAUCGCAGAAACCUGGACAGACCCAGCAACAGUAAGAAGUUCUGCGAGGCCAGCUGGAGGUUUGUGUUCUACCUGCUUGCUUUCACCGCGGGAUUGGUGUCUUUAAUUAGCACGUCCUGGUUCUGGGAUCAGACAGAGUGCUGGAGAGGAUUUCCUCAACAGCCGGUUCAGGACGCUCAUUACUGGUAUUACAUGCUGGAGCUGGGCUUCUACUGCUCUCUGCUGCUCUCUGUGUCUGUGGACGUCAAGAGAAAAGAUUUCAAAGAACAGAUCGUCCAUCACUUCGCCACUAUCUUCCUGCUGGGUUUCUCGUACUGCUCUAACUACAUUCGGAUCGGGACCCUGGUGAUGCUGGUCCACGACUCGUCUGACUUCCUGCUGGAGUCUGCUAAGAUGUUCAACUACGCCGGCUGGAAGAGAACGUGUGAUGCACUGUUUGUGGUUUUUGCUGCUGUAUUCCUGCUCACACGUCUGGUUGUGUUUCCCAGCAAGAUCAUCUACACCACUCUGGUUUUGUCUAUGGAGGUGUUUGAGCCGUUUGUGGGAUAUUAUUUCUUCAAUGCUCUGCUGCUGCUGCUGCAGGCGCUGCACAUGUACUGGGCUUAUCUCAUCCUCAGAAUGAUCUACAAGUUUCUCUUCUUAGGGAAACUGGACAAGGACGAGCGCAGCGAUGUUGAGAGUGAACCAGAGGAGGAAGAGAACGAGGAAGAGGAAGAUCGUUCUUCCUGGAGGAAGAGGAAGGUGGUUCUGGACUCCAGGCUGGCGAUGCUGAGCUCCAGCUGUGUCUUAAAUAACUUGACCAAUCAGAAAGCCGAUGUGAACAGAAGACUACCCAAAGCCAGAUAGCGGCUCUGAGACGUGUUACUCCUUCAUCCCUGCUGAGAUGAUCAGAAACAGAGACACAAGAACACACUUUACUCUCAUUUACACUUCAGUAACUAGCUCAAGCACUUAUGAGGGAGAGGCAGAUCAAGCAAUGUCUCUUUAUUUAGUCGCAUCUCAAAAAUCACUACUAAAACAGUAGAACUGAAUAGAAAUAAAAAGACUUGCUGACGUGUGCAUUCAGCUCAAGAGUGCAAACCCAUAUCAGUAAUGUUCAGUCUGUAAUAAAUGGGCUAUAAAUAACCUUUGAAUGAAAAAUACUGAAAAUACUCUGUAUUUAUUGUGCACUUGUAUGAUGAAAAUAUUUGAAACAAAUGAUUUGUUUUGUAA